AUGGUCAACGCCUCUGCUGCCGCCAUCACCGACCCCGCCUAUGACCAAUGCUGGAUCUGCUACUCCUCUCAACCGCCAUUCUACGAAGGCAUUGCUGUCCUCGGCUCUCCAUUGAACGUCUCUGACGCCAAUGAACUCCGCUGGGAAGUGGGGCCCACGCACCGAUUGACUUUGGGACAAGUGCCCCCCAAGACCCUCACAGACCCCAAGGGCUGCCAGCUGGCCCAGUUCCAGUCUCUGUCCCCACAGGAGCUGCAGGCCUUCAGGAGGGCCAAGGAUGCCUUGGAGGACACAGUCCUGCAGAAAGCCCAGAACUGCAACACCCGCCUGUUCCCCAGGACCCGGGACCUGAGGCAGCUGCAGGUGUGGGAGCGCCCCGUGGCCCUGGAGGCCGAGCUGGCCCUGACCCUGCAGGUGCUGGGGGCCAUGACUGAGCCCUCCCUGGAGUCUGUCCUGGACCGGCCUCUCCACACACUGCACCACAUCCACUCCAAGAUCCAGGCCUGUGUGCCCCCUCAGCCCACAGGGAGCCCCCGGACCCAGGGCCGCCUCCAGUGCUGGCUGCAGAGGCUGCAGGAGGCUCCUCACAAGGAGUCCCAGGGCUGCCUGGAAGCUUCUGUCACCUUCAACCUCAUCCACCUCGUCAUCUCAGACCUGCGAUGUGUGGCCCGAGGAGCACUGUGUGUCUGA